AUGCGGAGAUUUGUAGCCGACUUAUCAAGAAAUCUGACCUCUCAAAGAAGAAAAAAAUUGGCCACUUGCGCGUUGCGGCAUCGCACUUGUUCACUUUUUUCCUCAUCUCAAUCCCAAUCCUCUGUUGUUAUUCCUAUUCGUUUUUUGAACACCACUAGCGUUGAUCCUUCAAUGGCUUCUGAUUAUUCGGGCACUCCUGUUACGCUUGAUACAAUCAAUCCCAAGGUUUUGAACUGCGAGUAUGCUGUCCGUGGAGAAAUUGUGACCCUUGCUCAGAAAUUACAAGAUGAGUUGAAGGAGAACCCAGGUUCUCGCAGCUUUGAUGAGAUACUGUACUGCAACAUUGGAAAUCCUCAAUCCCUGGGUCAGCAGCCAAUCACUUUUUUUAGAGAGGUCCUUGCAUUAUGCGAUCAUCCUACCAUAUUGGACAGAGCUGAAACACAGGGUUUGUUUAGUGCCGAUUCCAUAGAAAGGGCAUUUCAGAUCCUCGAUCAAAUUCCUGGAAGAGCAACUGGUGCAUAUAGUCAUAGUCAGGGUAUCAAAGGAUUACGUGAUACAAUUGCUUCUGGUAUUGAAGCUCGCGAUGGAUAUCCAGCUGAUCCAAAUGAUAUUUUCUUGACUGAUGGUGCAAGCCCUGCGGUUCACAUGAUGAUGCAGUUAUUGAUAAGGUCGGAGAAGGAUGGCAUUCUCUGCCCCAUUCCUCAGUAUCCGCUUUAUUCUGCUUCAAUCACCCUCCAUGGAGGCACUCUUGUUCCUUAUUAUCUUGAUGAAUCAACCGGAUGGGGACUUGAGAUAUCUGAUCUUAAGAAUCAGUUGGAAGCUGCCAAAUCUAACGGUACAAGUGUUAGGGCCUUGGUUGUAAUAAAUCCUGGCAAUCCCACAGGGCAGGUUCUGUCUGAGAACAACCAAAAAGAAAUUGUGGAAUUCUGCAAGAAAGAGAAGCUUGUUCUUUUGGCAGAUGAGGUGUACCAGGAAAAUAUUUAUGUACCUGACAAGCAGUUCCAUUCGUUUAAGAAAGUCUCCAGGACUAUGGGGUAUGGUGAGAAGGACAUCUCCCUAGUAUCUUUCCAGUCUGUAUCUAAAGGGUAUCAUGGAGAGUGCGGAAAGAGAGGAGGUUACAUGGAAGUCACUGGUUUUAGUCCCAACGUAAGGGAGCAAAUAUACAAAGUAGCAUCUGUAAACCUUUGCUCUAACAUAUCCGGUCAGAUUCUUUCAAGCCUUGUCAUGAGCCCCCCUAAGGUGGGAGAUGAGUCCUACGAGUCUUAUUUUGCUGAGAAAGAUGCAAUCCUGUCAUCCCUAGCAAGGCGAGCAAAGACACUUGAAGCUGCAUUGAAUAGUUUAGAAGGAGUGACAUGCAACAGAGCUGAAGGAGCAAUGUAUCUGUUUCCCCGUAUUGAACUGCCGAAGAAAGCGAUUGAAGCAGCAAAAUCUGCAAACAAGGCCCCAGAUGCAUUUUAUGCUCGUCGUCUUCUUGAUGCCACUGGAAUAGUUGUUGUACCUGGUUCUGGGUUUGGACAGGUGCCCGGAACAUGGCAUUUUAGGUGCACAAUAUUACCUCAAGAGGACAAAAUACCGGCAAUUGUGACUCGUCUGACUGAAUUCCACAAUGGAUUCAUGGAUGAAUUUCGUGACUGA